GUUUCCUUUGUGAUUCGGAAGUGGCAGUGUGAUGCCAAAGCCGUUUAUCCUUACAGACACAACACACAAGUGGCGACCAUGAUAAAACCGAUCGAAGCUCUGUCCUUCUGAGAUGGGAAAACGCCCCUUCAGGAUUUUGUAAAACAGGUCUCUCCAUCACCCUGGCAACGUUACACCCACAGAAAGGGGAGGAGCCGAGUCCUGGCAGCAUGGAAGUGGCUGGGACGCCAGGCUCAGCCCCGAGCCCUCAGAGCGAGUCAGUGACCAAUGAGCUUCAGGAGCUGUCCCUUCAGCCUGCGCCCAACCUGCUGCCUCUACAGGAGCGCAAGAAUGUCCUCCAGCUCAAACUCCAGCAGAGACGAACACGAGAGGAACUGGUCAGCCAAGGGAUCAUGCCACCACUGAAAAGCCCGGCAGCCUUUCACGAACAGCGGAGGAGUCUGGAGCGAGCGAGGACCGAGGACUAUCUGAAGAGGAAGAUCCGGAGUCGCCCUGAGCGCUCCGAGCUCGUCAGGAUGCACAUUCUGGAGGAGACGUCAGCAGAGCCGUCCCUGCAGGCCAAGCAACUGCAGCUGAAGAGAGCACGACUGGCCGACGACCUCAACGACAAGAUCUCCCACAGACCAGGUCCCAUCGAACUGGUUCACAAGAACAUCCUGUCUGUCACCUGCCCUCUGCAGCACUCACUGCUGGAUUCUCCAAAGGGAGCCGGGGGAGAGAGCUCGUCUUUAGAUGAAGACAGCAGUGAUGCUCUGUCACCAGAUCAGCUGACCAAUCACGAUUCUCCCCUGAGUGCCGUUCCCCAGUUGUCCCCCUCUGAUGCACUCACCCAGAAUGGGGACAUUUCUCCCACACAGUUCCUUACUCAGCCCCCUCCUCCACCUCCUCCACCACCUCCUCCCCAGGUGAAUGGGUCACCCGCCUCCCCACCCCCAAAAUUGACAAAUGGAACGACGGUGAACUCUCGUCCCUCUACUGGACAGAUCAAGUCUCAGGCUAAGACGAGUUCAGAUCGUCCCCCGCAGAGGUCUAAGAAACCAAAGGACAGCAAACCCAAGGUGAAGAAGCUGAAGUACCACCAGUACAUCCCUCCAGACCAGAAAGCAGACAAGGAGCGUCCGCCACAGAUGGACUCGUCGUACGCGAAGCUCCUUCAGCAGCAGCAGCUCUUCCUGCAGCUGCAGAUCCUCAGCCAGCAACAGCAGCACUACAACUACCACACCAUCCUGCCCGCGCCUCCCAAGCCUCCAACCGAGCAGCCCCCCACAACCAACUCUGGCCCCUCCCCCUCCCGCAGCGUUCCCACAACGACCACCAUGGCGUCCUCCAGUCAGAGCGGGACUGCCCGUCAGAGCCAAGCUGCAGUGGGAGGAGCCAAACCCGGCACUCUGCCAGCCAACCUGGAUGAGUUCAAAGUCGCUGAGCUGAAACAGGAACUGAAGUUACGUGGUUUGACCGUCUCAGGCACCAAGAACGAUCUCAUUGAGAGGCUCCGCCACUACCAGGAGCAAAAUUGCGGCAACGCAGUGGUUUUGAAGAAUGGCAUAUUGCAGCAGAGCCAGCAGGGCGCUAACUCAGCCGCUAGCACCAUCACAUCCUCUCCGACCACAACUACCACCGCUGACCACCAGUCAGGAGAGGGCGGGUUUAAGUUAGCGUUGUCCUCGUUGGCUCAUGCGGUCCCUGGGAGAGUCAUGCGUUUUGGCAGCACCAGCUCCAGCCCUCCCGUGUCACCUACUCCGUCUGAGAGGUCGCUGGCAGGGAUGAGUCCAGACGAGACAAGCUGCAAUGGAGACAUGUUUGGAGAGAUGGUGAGCUCUCCCUUGACUCAACUCACCCUGCACCCAUCUCCUCAGCACCCGUCAAACAUCUCUCCGCUCUCCAAGGUCAAAGAGGAGAUCCAGAGCCCAUGCAGCCUGUCCAGGUCUUCAGCUGCCUCGCGUCAGACUCCAGAGCCCCUGCCAGGGGUAGCCAUGGACACGUCUUCCAUGGACAAAGACCAGAUGCUCCAGGAGAAAGACAAACAGAUCGAGGAGUUGACCAGGAUGCUGAGGCAGAAGCAGAGGCUAGUGGAGACCCUCAGGUCCCAGCUGGAGCAGGGAAAAAUGGCAGUUGGAUUAGUCUCAGAGAAGGAAGGAGGAGAGAAGAGCAAAACAUCCCCAGAGGUUAAACUUCAAACUCUAAUAAAAGCCUCGGCCAUUCAACCCCCGACUCUCCCCAACGGCAUUGUGGUGAAGGUGAAGAAGGAGGUGGAGUCUGAGGAAGAAAUGGAGGGAGUAACGGAGGAGGCCCUGGGAAAGAAGCUGGCCCAGCCGAUGCAGUGCUCUCAAGAGACUCUGCUCAGGCUGCAGCAGAUUCAUCGUCUGCAGGUCCAACAAGCUGAACAGCAGAAACAGCAGCUACUACAACAACAACCCAAACAGCAGCAGAGUCAGGUGCAACUGCAGAGGGUGCCGGAGGCUAAAGCAAACCCUCAAAAACAACAACAGCAGAAGAAAGAAGCUCAAAUCCUGCUCCAUCAGCAGCAGCAACUCCAGCAGCUCAUCAUACAGCAAACCCAACAGAAACAGCUGCAGGCCCAGCAGAAGUUAGCACAGCAGAAGCUGGCCCAGCAGAAACUCACGCAACAGAAGCUCGUGCAGCAGAACCAGCUCAAACAGACCCAAGGGCAAGUUCAACAGAGCCAGCAGAAGAGCCAAGUUCAGCUGAAGCAGGUCCAGGUGCAGAUCCAGAACCAGACGGCGGCAAGCCAGAAGCCUGCAGUGACCCAAGCCCAGCAGAGGAAACAGCUGAAGACUCAGCAGAGGCAGCAGCAGAAACAGCAGACGGCAGCUGUCGCCACGCAACAGGUGACUCCGGUCUUCAUCAACCAACAGAACAGCACUCAGAUCCACACUCAGGCCAUUUCAUUAGACCUCCUCAAGGCCAACGGCACACCCACGCUGGUCGCCGACAGCAACGGCAACCACUACCUGAUCGCUCUCACCAGUCACACCACAGAUGGACAGAAUGGAGUGUCUUCAUUGGCCAAAACCAACGGACGCAUCACGCUGCAGAGAUUGCAGUCGACUCCAAGUAAACUCCCCAGCACCGACAGCCAAUCAAAAGAGCAGACAGAGGCCGAGCCUGUGAGCCAGCCAAUCAAAAAGGGACAGAAGGCGGGGCUGCACCUGGACACUAAUGGUGUUCCACAGCCCAGCCUGUCAGCCACAGCUCCGCCCAACCUGCAGCCUUUCUUCGACGACAUGUCGGACAGCGAAAGCCAAAGCAGCUUAAUCUCAUCUCUCAAGGAGAAUGGCGUGAAUAGUCAGCACAUGGACGACCUGUUUGACAUCCUGCUGAAGAGUGGAGAGAUCCCUGGCUUCAAGGCCAACCCGGACCCUUCCCUCGCCCCUCUCCACUCUGACCCGCCCUCCCCAUCUUCUCCCCCAUCCCCCCUCCACCUUUCCCCUCCCACCCCUACAGAGCCCCUCAUCUCCCCUCAGCCCUCCGUGGGAGAGCCCUGCGCCGGCAGUGGACGCCUGGAGGACUUCCUGGAGAGCACCACUGGCGCCCCUCUGCUGGGCGUGGAGCCCGAUGGCGGCCUGACGCUGAUCGACGACCUGCACAGCCAAAUGCUGAGCACGCCCAGCAUCCUGGACCACCCUCCCUCCCCCAUGGACACAUCCGACCUGGGCUUCUCCCCCCAUUCCACAGGGUUGGACUUUGGCGACGCCGCCUUGGACAGCAUGGACUGGCUGGAUAUUUCCAUGGUGGGGAGCGCCAGCGGAGGGAGCGGGGGCGGCGGAGGCGGAAGAGGGGGAGGAGGAGGAGCUGGUGCAGGAGACGGAGGGACAAGUCUGGCCCCGCUGGCGCCGCACACUCCGCCGAGCGUCUUCUCAGCUGAUUUUCUGGACAGCACGGACCUGCAGCUGCACUGGGAGUCGUGUCUGUAGCUCGGCACACAGACGCACUCACACACACACACACACACACACGCACACACACACACACACUCGCUCACACUGUGUACAGGCUCUGUCUUUAUUUCAUGCACAUACAGAAACCUUCUCUAUGCUGUCUCUACCACUCGAGGGGUCACUGGCACAUGCAAACACGCACACACACACACACACACACACACACAUUUACACAAUUUGCCCUGUCUUUCACUGGCUGUUACUGUAUGCAGGAUGAGGUGAAAAAAGAAACAUAGAAAUUAAAUUCAUAGAAAGGACUUGAAUUUGGUGGGACUGAAGUGGACUUUGAAUUUUAAUUCUAUGGGGGAUUCAUACAGGAGACUGUAAAAUCCCAUCACCUGCAUUUAUAACCAGGUUAAAUUGAACCAGCAGAAAACUGUAGGUCACUGUAAUAACGUCAUUUCAUCCCUUGGAAAACGGUUUGAGGAGGGACCGUCAGCGGCGUUUUACUCCGGCUCCUCGAGAUGGCAGAGUGUGUGUCAGUGCCUCCUAAACUUUGCACUUAUGCUGAAUCUGAUUGGUUUAA